AUGUCCGACUUGCAUCCAAAUGCUGCACUUGCUCCUCCAAGACCGUCGUUGUCGUUAGAACCAGGCGCCAUCCGUGCCGUCAAGACUUCGACAAGUCGAAGCGCGAGGCCAUCACUGGAAAGGGAAAAGGGCAAAGCCAUCAGUGUGGAGCCCCAAAAGCCACGAGACCCACGACGACAACAUAUAAAUUUUCGACGACAGCAAUCAGACUCGCCGCCUUUGGCCACGCAACCUGCGCCGCCCGCCACAUAUGAUGCGGAUGGAGGAGAGGGCUCGACACGAGUAUCCCACGAGAAUAACUAUGAAAAGCUUCCAUCAUUUAUUCCUCUCCAAUCGCCCAAGGAGAAACUUCUAUCCCCAGAGGAGCAGGAGUUUGAGCGCGCGUUGCGUCGCCGACGAAUACGGGUAAUGGCAAUAUGCGCUAUCAUUCUUCUUCUUGUUAUUGCGACUAUUAUUCUCCUCGUCCGAAUUGUACGACCAAAGCUCGUUGGUGCCAUUGAUGGCAUCGGCCACAACUCCACCACAACCCUCAACGACGAUCAGUCUAGAUGCUUAAACGACUUUCGAGACAAUGCGCCAUCCAACCCAACUGCGUAUCAAUGCUCGAACUGUUUACCGACCUUGCAGAGCGUCUCAUCGGAUUUUCUCAACAGCGCGUCAAACGCUCGAGAUGCCGAUUUGAUCGCAGCCGCGAAGCAAUUCUGCGGCGCGAGUUCGAUAUUUACUUCUGCAAACACCGGAGGACAAAAUGCAUUUUCUAGUGCAGGGUGGAUGAAAGAUGUAAAGAUAUGUACUUGGGGAGGAGUGACAUGCGACGGCUCGGGUUCAAUUACUGCCCUUUCGUUGCAACAUCCGGCAAUUCCUCAAGUCAUACCAGGAGCCCUUUCUGCCCUGACCUCUCUGGUUUCACUUUCUAUCACUGGUGAUAAAAAUGAUCCUACCGGUCCCCUCAAUGGCAGUUUACCGUCAUCGUUGCGUGACCUUCAACUGUACAACACGUCAUUCCAGGGCUUUGAGAGUGAUGCCAUCUUCAAGCAAGACGGUGCCCUGGCGAAACUCAAGUCGUUGACGAUGGAUGGAAACUGGGCAAUGGGAGGAAGCCUCCCAGACUCGAUUCUAAAUGUACCACUUCAGAAUCUCACCGUCAGGAAUCAGAAUCUUUAUCCAAACCUUCUUGGUAUUGGCUCCAGCACCGUCUUCGCGGAGACGCUUGAAUUAUUAGACCUCUCAUACAACGGAUUCACUCAAAACUUGACAAGCUUAUCUCUUCCACGACUCCUUACGCUGGACCUCUCGAACAAUAACCUCGUCUUUGUCUCUCCAGGGUUCGCCUUUCCAUCGUUGCUCCGAGUCGUUCACAUGCAGAACAAUCCCGCAUUACAUGGCGGGCUGAGUUCAGCACUCUGCCAGAGCACAUGGCUCACGGACUGCAAUUUUCAGCUCACUGGCUUUUCGUCGACUCCAAAUAUUACAGCGUAA